AGAGUUUUGAAAGUAAAAAUUUAAACAUUGUGAACUCUAUUAUAUAAUUAAAAAAAAUCAGGGAAAGCAGCAGGUUUGAUAAUUUGUUUAAACAUUGAACCCAAAGUUUCACUACACUAGUGUUACAUGAAGUAAAGCAGGAGGCAGUGUUCAACAUGGUGAGAUCACUAAAGUUCCACGAAAAAAAAUUGUUAAAAAAAGUCGACUUUAUUACAUGGAAAAACGACAACAAUGUUCGCGAAAUAAAGAUCUUGCGAAAAUAUCAUAUACAGAGACGUGAAGAUUACACAAAGUACAACAAAUUGUGUAAAAUGGCUAAAUGUUUGGCGCAUAAAAUCAAGGAGCUCAAUCCAAAGGAUCCGUUCAGAACUGAAUGUACUGACGCUUUGUUGGAAAAAUUGUAUGGCAUUGGUACAAUUCCGACAAAAAAAAACCUUGGCUUAUGUGAAAAGUUGUCUGCCUCAUCGUUCUGUCGACGUCGUCUUCCUGUUGUGAUGAUGAAAUUACGAAUGACCCAAAGUAUAAAAGAUGCUGUUAAAUAUAUUGAACAAGGACAUGUGAGAGUUGGACCGGAAGUAACUACUGAUCCAGCAUUUAUUGUUACUCGUAACAUGGAAGAUUUUAUAACUUGGACCGAUGCAUCAAAAAUUAAAAAACAUGUCUUGGAGUAUAAUGACAUGAAAGAUGAUUUUGACCUAAUGUGACUUUUUAACUUGUUUCACACAAAGUUUGCAUAAACUGUUAAAGGCUGAUGAAGUCUUAUCACUUUGUGAAAUAUGGAAAAUGUAACGUAAAGUAUUGGCAUUUUGUUGAUCUUGUUUAGCUCACUAAACUACGUAAUUAAAAAUAUCAAAAUUA